AGUAUUGUUUCUGUAUAUUGUCAAUUAUUAUACGUUAAUUGUGUCGUUAAUGUUUAUGCUGAACACGAUGGAGAGUCAGCGCAAUAAUGCUGACCAGCCACUCUUCGUGGCAUCGCAAUUCAGUGACGAAUCGCUACUUCCACCAUUUGUAUUGCCUCAACUUUCCCUCAAUCGAAGUGAGCGUCAGGUUCUACCAAAAUUUGGGCCAUUUGCCGUGGCGAAUCCAAACGUAGUCGUCUCAUCGGUCUCAAGGAAUCUACCAAAUUCGAGUAGUUUCUAUACGCGACCAAUCGGGCGAACGGAUUGGAGCAAGAAUGUCACUACAUUACCGAUUCCGCUCAACUAUUCAACAUCAGUUCGAACAGUGACUGCGCAACGACUGACAACCGAUUGGUAUGAGGAAUGCUGGGAGAAUUUGAUUGGGCAGGAGAUCACCAAGUUGGUCACGAUGGAUUUAGUGAUGACAAUAGCAUCAAUUCUGGUCAUCGACUUUCUGCGAGGUUUAUGGGUCCGAUAUUGUAAUUUGUGGUGGUUUUGGAACUUGGAAUGUACAUUUCCGGAAUAUGGUGAAUUCAAAGUGGCCGAAAAUGUUUUGCAUUUGGUGAAUAAUCAAGGAAUGAUUUGGUUGGGACUAUUUUUUGUGCCAAUGCUUCCGGCCAUCAAUAACAUCAAACUUAUUAUUCUUAUGUAUGUACGUGCAUGGGCCGUUAUGACGUGCAAUGUACCCGCAAGACAGAUUUUUAGAGCUUCAAGGUAA